AUGUUGCUUCGCAAGCUCGGGCAUGCCCUGGCUGCGACAGCAGGUAAGUUUGCCCUCUUUUCUGGAAGACGAAAUCCUUUCUCUUUUUUUACUGCUGCUGACAAGCACUCCUCGGCAGCUCUCUUUCCAGUCGCUUUUGCCAAAGAAAAUGAUGAAGGUGGUCAAUCCACCUUUGUUUCCCCAGAUGGAGACGUAGCCUUUGCGAUUGACAUUGGCGAAAACACCAACACCGAAGUAUACUUCAGUCUCCGCGUUAAGAAGAAUCGAUCCUGGGGCGCUGUUGGCCUUGGAAGCGAGGAUAUGCCCGGAGCCCUAUUCCUCAUGGUCUACAAGAGCCGGACCACCAACAAUGUUACAUUCUCCCCGCGACUCGCCUACGGUCAUUACGAGCCUUAUUAUUGGGAUGAGAUGGAUUACGAAAUCCUUAAUACCACAGGAAUUAUCGACGAUCACAUGGUGGCCACGAUUCGCUGCAAAAGUGGAUGUCGCAGUUGGCCAUCACAUGGUGGACAGAAGGGAUACCUCGAUGUUUACGAUCACGAUAGCAAGGCCGUGUUCGCUUUUGGGCCAAAGGAGGAUUACUACAGUGACGAUACGGACGCACCUUUGAAAUAUCAUGCAGGAUAUGGCAGUUUCUCCCUCGACAUCAAACGAACACACGGGGAAUCCGAGCUACCAUCUCUUAGCGAUUCAACAAAGGAUGUUGGAUCCGAGCUCAUCUACGCGACGAAGGCCAAGCCAAACUGGGCAUCACCGCUUCACGGAGUUUUUAUGGUCUUAUCGAUCAUAUUCCUCAUGCCAAUUGGCGUUGUUCUGCUAAGGUCUGGAGGCUGGGUCAAGUGGCAUGCUGUGAAUCAGUCCAUUGCGACUCUGGGUGUCUUGGCAGGUUUCGGUAUUGGUGUUGCGAACAGUUUCUAUUACCAAAGAUCUCGAAGUUUUGAUGAUCCUCACCAAAUUAUUGGAUUCGUCGUCACUGGCUUAUUGCUUGGGCAGUUUGGACUAGGAGUAAUGCACCAUACUCAGUACAGGAGAACACAGGCCCCAACCAAGUACGGCAAGUUUCAUCUUUGGGUUGGCCGAAUCAUUCUAUUCCUAGGCACUUUGAACGCCUUCCUCGGCUUCACCUUUGCUCUGAACAGAAAAUUCGGCAUGCUCCUCGCUCUUCUCAUCAUCUUUAUCUGCAUAAGCAGCCUCAUCUUGAUCUAUGGUCGUCGAUACAUGGACAAGCGCCGUCUUGGACCCCGUGGCCCUGGUCUGGCUGGCCCUCAACAAUACAGUGCACCGCCAUGGCGGGAGCCUCCUCCCCAACACAUGGGUUAUCCAUCCGAUCCUCCGCCAGGUUACCAACCGCCAUCGAACCAGGCCGGGCUUGGCCAGAUGUCACCUGCAUUGCGAUCACCAUCCCCAUGGCAAUCAAAUGACAAAGAUGACGAGGCGGAUUUGAACCUGGGUCGUGAGCAGCGACCGAGGGAGUUCUGA